AUGAUAGAUGAUACAGCUAGGAAGUGGAAGUACCUUAGAGGGGUAAUUGGCGAUGACUUACCUUAUGCUGCUGUGGAUCUUCUGCUUCUUCUUGGUUUCAAGACUUCUUCCUUCAUGUUGCACUUCCCAACCAUGGCCUCUGUGACGAAGGAUUGCAGCGUAAAAGUGGCUGUUCACAUCCGGCCACUCAUCAACGAUGAGAGGCUUCAAGGUUGUGCAGAUUGUGUCACUGUCGUCUCUGGAAAGCCACAUGUGCAAAUUGGCACACAUUCGUUUACUUUUAAUCAUGUCUAUGGGAGUACUGGUUCUCCCCCAUCUGCCAUGUUUGAAGAGUGUGUUGCUCCACUUGUUGACGGUUUGUUCCAGGGAUAUAAUGCUACUGUUCUUGCUUAUGGUCAGACGGGUUCAGGGAAAACAUAUACAAUGGGAUCUGCUGAAGUCAGUGUGAGAACGCUAAAAGAAAUGGCUUGCUACCUGGAGCAAGGAUCUUUGAACAGGGCGACAGGGAGUAUAAACAUGAAUAAUCAAUCAAGUCGUUCGCAUGCCAUCUUCACCAUCACAUUAGAGCAAAUGUGGAAGUUCAAUCCAGCUUUUCCUGGUGAUAGCAAUCUUAACAACAGUAUGAGUGAAGAACAUCUAUGUGCCAAAUUGCAUUUAGUGGAUCUUGCAGGAUCUGAGCGAGCCAAAAGAACUGGUUCUGAUGGUCUAUGCUUUAAGGAAGGAGUUCACAUCAACAAGGGCCUUCUAGCGGUCGGUAAUGUUAUCAGCGCACUUGGUGAGAGCAACAUUUUGAUCGGUGGAGAUCAAAAUCCGACAAAAUAA